AUGGCCGUGCCAUACACAGGUACUAGUCGAGGCGGCAAUCGGCCGACCACUCUGUCCAGUGUCACAGGCGUACGUCAUGCUGCGGUUAAAGGCGUAGUGAGUGAUGUGAGUCAUCAGCGCGUUGUUUCACUACUGCCGGUGCGGCAUAGUGCAAACAUCGUCUUCGGAGUCGGGGAGGCGACUAACGAACCGGAAUCGGAACCGGAACCGGAGCCGGACCCGGAGCUGGACCCGAACCCGAAACGAGGCCUGUUCGUUCCGUCGUUUGGUUCGCCUACCCGUGGAGCAGAGUGGAGCGGCAGCGGCGCGGCGCGGCGCGGCACGGCACGGGGUGGGCGGGCGGCCCGGGACCGGGACGUUUAUACACGCUGCGGUGGCGUGACCUUCGGCGCCUGCCUGUGCGGAGCCGGGUACAGCCGCCGGUUGGGAGGUUGGGCGGACGGGCGACCGGUGCCGAACAACCACCAACCAACUUUUCGCGCACUUCGCACUGCCAAUGGCGGCGGUACUGCGUACGUGGACGUUCCGAAGCAACGCAGUGAACAACGUCGCUACUGA